GUGCGUUCCGUCUUUCCUUUUGCUUCGUUGCAGCCAAGAAAGCAAUAUGGGGCACCAGCAGCUCUACUGGAGCCAUCCGAGAAAAUUCGGCCAGGGUUCUCGUUCUUGCCGCGUCUGCUCAAACCGGCACGGUCUGAUCCGGAAAUACGGCCUCAAUAUGUGCCGCCAGUGUUUCCGCCAGUACGCGAAGGACAUCGGCUUCAUUAAGUUGGACUAAGUGUGAACUUCUUGAAUGGGUCAUCACGCAUAUCUGCCUUCCUCAGAAACAAUACUAACUCUUUGUAUAUAAAAUAAAAAUUUUAAAACUUCAA